AUGGCGGAUAAUGAAUUAUUUGGAGUAAUGGUGGCUACAGCUGGAUGGAGUUCCGAUGAAGAAGGUGACUUUAAUACGAUAUUACAAUCGGCUAAUUUGCACCUCAUAUCUAAGGCUGAAUGCAACUCGAGACUACAAAUGAUUACUGGACAACACAUAUUGACAGAUUUAAGAAUUUAUCAAUAUAGUGCAGUAAGUGCCAUAAUUGGGCAGGAUGUUAAACAAGCAAACUUAUGGGAUUUUCCGUUUGCGGUAGUUAUUAUGCGAAUUGAUAAUGAACAGCAAGUACGAAAACCAUAUCAAACAUGUACGGGAUCGUUAAUUUCAAUCAGGGAUGUUGUAACUGCUGGGCACUGUUUGGAUAUUGAUACACUACAUCUUAUGCAAAUAUUAGUUGGAUCGGUUGAUCUAAGCAUUGGUAAAAGAUAUUUUGCAGCUUGGUGGAUAGUAUACAACGAAUGGGCAUUAUAUAAUAAUAUAAUUCCUGAAUUCCCGGAAAAUGAUAUUGGAAUUAUAAGGUUAACGAGAGAUGUAACCGAAGAUCUAACACCAGCAGUCAUCUCAUUCGCACCAUAUAUAUAUACAUAUCCAUUAACUGUUACUAUAGCCGGAUGGGGCAAGCCAUCCGAAGAUGGUGAAUCAAUGAUGUUAACAACGGUUAAAUUAAAAACCAUACAGGGUUCGGAAUGCGAAGAAAGACUUCUGAACAUGUACGAUCUGAAAGUUAUUGCCGAUAAAAGAUUUCUAUGUUCAAUUGGAGAGCCAUACGCAUUAGUCACUAUCGUGAAUCCAUAA